AGCCAUUUCGGUUCCCGGCCGAAAGGCCACUCGGGUUGCGCGCGGGCGGCAGUUGCCCCGUAGUGGGGGAAUGUUCGGUGCCUCCUCCAGGAAGAAGGUCGCGGCCCUGAACGCGCAGGGCGGCAUGCAGCAGGCCGAGGCCCUGGCGCUAGGCCGACGAGCUCAAGCGGGAGACCGACGGGUGCCUGGCGGAGGCCGCCGCGCUGCGCAGCGAGAUUCAGGCCGUGGAGGCGGAGUCCCGGCGCCUCGACCAGGAGAAUUCGACGCCGAGCGGAGCGGGCAGCGCGACCUCGAGGCCGAGGGUGCGGACCUCGCGAGGGAGGCCGAGGAGCUCCGGAGGGAGGCGGCCGACCUCGGGCAGCAGCUCCGGGCCGUGGAGCAGGCCGCAGUCGCGGCCGGCAUCGAGCGCGAGGCGUCGCUGGCGGAGCUGCACGAGCUCGAGGGGCUCGUGAGGCAGUGCCACGAGGACGUGUCUGCCGCCAGCGCGAUCGCGGAGCGCAUGGCUGCUGAGCUGCUCGAUGGGCAGGACCCGGCCGACAGGCAGCGGUUGCAGGCCGCCCAGGACGCGCACGAGGCAUUGCGGCUGGAGGUCGAGGCCAUCACGAAGGCCUGCGAGCAGGCCCUGGCGGAACGGGACCGCGCGAAAGAGGCGCUGGUCUCGGUUCAGGACCAGGUGGACGACCUGAGGCUCUGACGAGGAGGAGAAGUGGUAGGAAGACGAGGAGGGUGGUUUUGCUGGGUUGCGCGCGGGGGCGCACAAGUACUCGUGCUUCGUGCUUCGCAGUCCCAGCUGGAGGAGUGCCCUUCUCAAGGGAGAGGCGCCGCGCGGUUUGGGCUCCGCGCGGCGCGAAGCGCCAGGUCAGGUGGCCGAGCAGGCACUGGGUAUCAGACGUGUGCAGCGUCUGUUGCCAGAUGGGCGCGGUCCCGUUGGCCAGC